GUGCAUAGUGGCAUUUACAGGGGACCUUGAAGGCAGCAUCUCUCCACAGACAGAGCGGUUGAAAAGCGUCAAAACGAAAGUUAACCUCGUCGACUCCUAAUAGCUCGGUUCCGUAACAUUGAAGGAAACUUUAGCAACUUUAAGACAUUAUAGUCAUGGCGCAUUACAGAGCCUCAGACUCAAAAAGAGAACAGUUUCGGAGAUAUUUGGAGAGAGCCGGUGUUGUUGACAGCCUCACAAGUGUUUUGGUGUCCCUAUAUGAGAAGCCGGAGAAGCCCAAUAAUGCCCUGGAGUUUGUUAAGCAGAACCUUGGUGCCGUGGGUCAGACCUCAGACGAUGUCGAGGCCCUGCAGCAGGAGGUGAUCGACCUGAGGCAGAGGUGUGCACGUCUGGCAGAGGAAAACAAAGAGCUGAAAGCGAAGCUUCAGCAGUAUGAGCCUUCAUCAGAAGAUGGAAGCACAGCUAACUAGAUGAAACCCACUUAAGUUUCAGACACUUGUUUUGUUAAAACUGCUUUUACUUUUACUUUGAAAACAGAAAAAAACAAAGUGAAAGUUUGAGUGUUGUUUUUGUAAAUCUUCAGUUAUAUUAUAACUUAUACUUUUUGUUUAUUUAUAUUUUUAUUUUGUUUAAAUCCACUUAAAGGGAAAGAAAUAAAUGCUGCCAAAAGCCAAUGUUAGAAGAAA